AUUUGUCUGUUUACUUGGUCGCAGAGUUGCCCAUUGCAAGGAGGCACUCGCUUCAGCGUUUUCUGGAGAAGCGCCGGGACAGGUUGGCAAACAAAACUCCAUAUGCUUCAGCAAUGUCGCCCAACAACAUGGAAGUGGUCUCGGAGGGCAGUCCUAAACUCACAUAAUCCCUAUCAGCUAUUACUAAGUCUCUAUUGUCUAAGGAAGAAACUUGAUCCUAAAAAUCCUAGUAUAGACUGCGUGUUGAGUCUCACCUUGUUUGGAUUUGAUUAUGAACUUGUUACUCUCGUCUUUGUCAUAACUAACUAACUAAGCUUUGCUUAAACUAAUUGUUAAUAUAUCUAUAUAUUCAUGGGUUGAUUAAUUGAAGCCUCGCAAGUCUGGCAGACAGCCUAACGAUGGUUGUAAAAUUAGCAGAGGAGUGUUUAAACUGAAAUUAACUUUUUGAAAUUGAUUAAAAUUAAAAAGCUUAUUGUUACAAAAACAGAAGUUUGUUUUGGAUACCAACGGGCACCGCGGUGGCGUUGAGCGGUGGGCAUCGCAGGUCGGAGCAUCCGCGGCCAUUGCUGGCCGCUUAAAAGGACAACAGCGCCGCCUUCGCUGUCGCAACCGCCACCGCCACCUUCAAAUCCAACCCUUCACCGCGCUUUCUGAUUCGUUCGCCGCUCCAUCAUCAUCUAUCGUCGCUCGGCGUCCCCUUCCGCCUCCAGUCGCGGCCGCGCCGGCCCCGGCCGCUAUGCAGAGCUCCUAAAUCAUCCCGUGAAGCAGAAGCGAGGAGGAGAAUAAUAUUGCUUGGAUUGCCUUUUUUUUCUGGCGAGGAUGAAGAAAAAGAGUGCGGAUCUGGUGGUUGAUUUGCCCCGUGACCGCCCCUCGAUGGCAUGGCAGAUCUCCACCGUAGGCGGCGCGGCGGCCGACGGCGGGUGGAACAAGAGGAAGAAGCUGUCGAUGCAGGAGACGACAAGGGAGGCCAAGUGGGAGAAGCGGCAGCGGAUGCUGCUUGCCGUGGAGGAGCAGGAGGAGCAGCAGGCGGAAGAGGUGGAGGAGGGAAGGAAGGUGAGGAGCCUAACGGACGAGGACCUGGACGAGCUGAAGGGGUGCAUUGAGCUAGGGUUUGGGUUCAGCGAGGAAGGGGGCGGCCACGACCUCCGCCACACGCUGCCGGCUCUCGACCUCUACUUCGCCGUCAACCGCCUACGGAACUAUUCGUUGAGCUCGGGUUCCACCUCCAGCGCCUCCACGCCGACCACGCUGAGCCCCCGGAGCGCCGACGGAAGCUCCACUUCAGGCGAAUCCUGGAAGAUUUGCAAUCCAGGGGACGAUCCGCAGCUUGUGAAGACGAGGCUGAGACACUGGGCGCAGGCCGUCGCUUGCUCCCUCCGCCAAAGCUGCUAAACCUUCUUCCAAUUGGCACUCACGUCUCCAUUAUCAGCCACUGUAAACUCCAUCUCCUCCCCUCAUCGUCGUCAUCCAUCUUCGUGUCUCGCCUCCACUUUCUCUCGCUGUACAUUCAAGGAUCCAGCAAUGUCACUCCUUUCCUUUUUUGAUCUACUCGAUUUGCUAUUUGUCA